AUGAAACCGGAAUAUGUGGAUCAAAGUAAACCGAGAGAUGUGAUGAUCUGCUGUUCGUCUUACAAAAUGAAAGAACAAGUUAUAAAAGCAUCAAGACUUACAAAGAUGAAGGAUCCACAUAGCGACAUCAGGAUUUUUCCAGAUAUCUCCUAUCACACUAGGAUUAAAAGAAAAUCGUUUGCAAAUUACACAAAGAUCCUGCAUCAGAAGAACAUUAGAUAUGCAUGGCGAUAUCCCUGUAAGAUUAUCGUUACGUAUGAAGCAAGGACAUAUUCCUUUUCAGACGUUACAGAAUUUUCAAUUGGACAUUUAGGAGAUGAGGAUAAAGGACGCAGAAGAGAAGCUGAAUAA